AUGUCGCUUACAGGACGUGUAGCCCAGUUUAGAAUUAAAGAUGACAAAGAACCUGGCAAUAUUCGUAGCUUUACCAAUGUGAUUUUGAAACUGACAACUGACAAAUCCAAUCCAAAACUUACUGUUCGAGCUCCACCUGACAAUGAAAUUGUUCUGCAAUGUCGUUUAAGAGAGUGUUCUUAUUUAGCAGAUUCAUCAAGUGCUGGUAGUGUGGAAUGCAUUCGUAAUGAUUCUAAACACGAAACAGUGAUUAUACUCGAUACAGAAAAACAAUGUACAGAAUUGUUAAAAUACAUACGAGAUUAUUUGACAGAACCUACUACUACCAUGGAAAAUGAUACACAUGAACCUAUUCCUAACGAAGAUGUCAAUCGAUUAAUUCAAGCAUUGAAUAAUAACAAUGGAGAUGAAGCUGCUAAAAUUGCUCGUCAGCUUGCUUCUAAAAAUGUUCCAAUUCGAUUUGUUCUCGACAUGAUUAAUGAAGACGGGAACGCAACACCACGAAAACCACCAGUACCUCCUGUAAAACCAAUACAAAUGAAACUAAGAAUCGAAAGUUUUUUAAUUAAUAAUUGUACUGAUGAACAAUAUGAUGUGGCUAUUCUUCCAAAAACAACUAUAAAAGAACUUAAGCAAAUAGUCACACGUGAUACACAAAUCAGUCCUGAGCAACAAUAUUGGUUUAUCAAUCGAGAUCAUCUUGAUGAUAAUUAUAUAUUUGGUGUCACAGCACCAAACGUCAAUGAAAACACAGUGCUCACUCUUUAUAUUGCUAAAACUCAAAAUCGUUGA